AAUUGUCGCCGGAUUGGAGGUGGGUUUCAUCCAGGAGAGGAAUUUAAUGCAAAGCAUGUGGCAGUGACAAGUGAUGGUCGCCUCCUUUUCCUGGCUGCAUUCUGGGAUGGAAGCAUCCGUGUCUUCAAUGUACUCAAGGGCAAGCUCAUCCAGACCCUCCAUCGACAUCAAGAUGUGGUGACAUGCCUAGAGCUAGACAGUGUAACAAAUUUUGUAUUGAUGACGGGAAGUCGAGAUGGAACAUCAAUGCUGUGGGAGGUGGUGACUGGUGUUGGGGGUGCACCUGUGGGUCUGGAUCCCAAACCCAUGCACACCCUCUAUGGACAUGAUGCACCCAUCACACAUGUCUCCCUUGCAAUAGAACUUGACAUUGCAAUCUCAGGUUCCCUGGAUGGGACAGUGAAUGUGUAUGGUGUGAAAGAGGGGCUCUUGCUGCAUACACUACACCCCCCAGCACAUGCGACAGUCUCAGGCCUUCAUGUCCUUUACCUUGCCCUCUCAUAUAUGGGACACAUUGCUGUCUACUCUGAGGCUAAGGGAUCAGGGGAGUACCGGUUGGAUGUGUAUUCAGUGAAUGGGAAGCACUUGUGCAGCUAUCGCCCUCCAUCCCCACUAUCCUGUCUCCUCACUGCCCAGGACUUCCUCCUUGUGGCUGAUAUCCAUGGGAACCUGUCCUUUCGACACAUUUUUGGAUUGUCACUGGUGAGUACUCUGCCACUGCACCAAGGAGUUCGAAGUCUUGCAUUUGCUCCAGGCUGCACUCACCUACUGGCCCCAUUGACAGAUGGUUCUGUUGCUAUCAUCCAUGCCACCUUCCCCGAAUUUGUGUGAUGUUUCAUCUGCAUACAUUCCAGUCAACUACUAGGCCU